ACUCUGUGUGUGUGUGUGUGUGUGUGUGUGUGUGUGUGUGUCUGCGAAUCUGAACCUCACCAGGACAAGAAUCCACCGCAAACAUGAGUAAAACACCAGCCAUGAGUCAAAUGGAGGAUAGGAUGGAGAAAGCGGCGAAAAUGAAGGACGAAGACAAGCUUUAUAAGCGAGAGGGAAUCCUGUACUCCACGAUCCUCAGCCCUCCAGAGACCCUGGACAAGUUAAAAGAGCUGGAGGCCAGAGAGGAUGACCUUAUCCUGGUGGCUUACCCUAAAUGUGGGUUUAACUGGAUGGUGGCAGUGUUGCGUAAAAUCUUGAAUGCUUCCACUGGGAAAGAUGAGAAACCCCCUGAAAGGCCUCCUCUGGUUGAGUUUUUACCUCCAGAUGUUCAAGAGAAACUGGCCGAAAUGCCCCCACGGAGGCUUCUGGGAACUCAUCUGCCCCCUGACAACAUGCCUCCCUCUUUCUUUACUAAGAAACCAAAGAUUCUGGUGGUGUUCAGAAACCCGAAAGACACGCUUGUCUCAUAUUACCAUUUCAUGAACAAAAAUCCGCUUCUGCCCAACGCUGAGUCGUGGGACAAGUUCUUCUCUGACUUCAUGGCUGGUGAAGUGCCCUGGGGCUCUUUUUUUGAUCACACUCUCGCCUGGGAGAAACGUCUAGAUGACCCAAACGUGAUGAUCGUGACAUAUGAGGAGCUGAAACAGAACCUGCCAGAAGGUGUGAAGAAAAUCUCGGAGUUCUUCAACCUUCCACUGACCGAUGAGCAGGUCAGCAGCAUCGCUGGAGAAAGUACAUUCAACGCCAUGCUGGAAAACUCCCAGAAAUCUCAUGGCAAUUUGGGUAACAUCUUCUUCAGAAAAGGUGAGGUGGGCGACUGGAAGAAUCAUUUUUCCGAUGCCCAGAGCAAACAGAUGGAUGAGCUUUUCCAAGCCAAACUAGCUGGAACAAAUCUCGGAGCCAGACUGAAGUAUGACCUUUACUGCCAAUAAAUGUGGCGGCACGGCGAGAGCCGAUGGACAGAGAAACUGUUCACUUCAUAGGGAUUUACUGUCAUUCACACGGGCAGCUGUUUAAUCGCUUUCAUCGUUUGCAUUUUGCUACAUUACAUUGUUUACAAUAAGCACAAAAACCUCACUGUCAUUAAACCCCAUGCUGUGUAUAUGCUAACAUUUAUUUAAAAAAAAAAGAUGUCAACACUAUUUCAUUCUCUGUCAGAAAUAUCUAUUGCAAAUGUUCACCACUAGUCAGUGCAAUAGUUCAAUCCCAUGAACCUCCCCUGUAACACACCAUAAUGAUUUUAAACUGGGCUCACAGAGAUCAGGAAAAAAAUGAUGCUAAAUGCAAAUAAUAAAAUGCAAGCAACCGUAUAAUGGUGCAUAUUUAGGACAGCAAA